AUGUCUAACCUCUCAUCGAUCGCGAGGCCUGCUUCUCAGCCUGUUGCGGACAUCCUAAAAUUCCGAACAACCAUACUGCAAACGGGCGUAGACCUGAUGUUAUUUGGCGUGCAUCUAACCCUGUUUAUGGCUUUGUGGGCCGUCUUCAUCCGUCGCCGACGCAGGCCUUGCUUCAUGAUGAUCGCCGUCAUCUUACUCUUGGCCUUAAGCGCCGUAGCCAUCCCGGUAGGCGUCGUGCUUCGCGUUGCUCAGCCGCGCAUACCUCAUGACCCGCUCUGCCCGAUGGAGUACCCAUACAUGACGGCCGAGAGCAAGCGGUGGUCGCUGAUUUCGGCGAUACUAAUUCGCUUGGAGCACUUUAUCAGCGAUAUUGUCGUUGUUUAUCGCUCAUGGGCCCUUUGGCCUGAUAGCAAGAUGGCGAAGGGCGUGCUCCUCACUUGCAUCACCAGCAGCGCAGUCGGGUCCAUCACCGAUUUCAUAUUGGUGCAGUAUUCGCCAGAUCGUCCAGCUUUGGAGACGCUCGUGAGAACUGUUCCGCUUGUCGCGACAAAUGCGAUUACCACGAUCAUGCUGUGUAUUCGGGUUUGGCAGUACUACCGCACCAUAAAGGGAGCGCUUGAGCCACUGACACGGAAGACAAGACUAGAGAAGAUCCUCGUUCUGCUGAUGGAGUCGGGCUCGAUUUACUGCCUUAUUUGGAUCAUCGGCCUUGUCACUCAAGUGCUCGCCAGAAGCGGCGACAUGGUGACCGUAUACGACGUAAUUGGGGAGACCUAUCAUUGUAUCUCGAACAGAGCCGUGAAGAUGACGAGCCGAUCUCACUUUCGCAUCGGUGGCUCGGCACCUGUGGGCUCGCGCCGGCCACCAGACGAGGUUUUUCACUUUCAAAUUAUGGUGAUGUGGACUGCCGUCGACUUUGUGCUCUAUGGUGUGCUAGCGGCACUGUUUGUUGCUCUUUGCAGUGUUCUAGCUCGUCGGGACCGGAAUUCAAGCCCCGUCAUCGUCGCGACGACGCUUCUCUUUCUGCUCGCCACCAUUUCAAUCACGCUGGACAUCCUCUUCUACCUCCUCCAGCUACCCGCCGAGUACGGGCCCCACUCGAUGUGGAACCACGCCAUUGUGCAUCAACUUGAGCAGUCCAGAAUCGUGCAGAGCGUGAACGCGCGAGUGAGCUAUUUGAUCAGCGACAUCAUCGUCGUCUGGCGAGCCUGGGUCCUUUGGCCGGACAGCCGCUUGGUCAAAGGGCUGCUACUACUCUGCGCUUGCGGAAGCACAGUCGGUGUAACCCUCGACUGCGUUUGGGUCCUACUGGAAGUCGGGGCAAUUCCAAUGGCGCAGCGCACGCUAACGAGGACGCUACCGCUCCUCGUAACGAACCUCGUUGCCACGGGUCUCGUGGGCAUAAGGGCUUGGCAAUAUCGCACGCAAAUCAAGGGUAAUCUCGGGCUGUUGACGAAGCGCAGUCAAGUGGAGAAGGUCCUCGUCCUUCUGGUCGAGUCCGGCUUCGUAUAUUGUCUCAUUUGGGCCAUAGCUAUGGUACUUCAGAUCCUCGGUGCAGGUCUGACGACGGACUCCGCGUACGGUAUCGUCAGCGCUACAUAUCCUCGUCUUGCGGGAAUUUACCCCACCGCGGUUGUUCUUGGCGUCGCCGCACAGCGUUCCGACGCUCAUCCAGUAAUCACUGCCGUCGAGUCACAGCCUAUACAUUUUGCGACGACGGCGGAUAAGGACGGAAGAUCUACUGCUUCUGCAGAAGAGGGAUCGACCUUCGAUCCUCGCUCGGUCGGUCUCGUGACUGGUGAAAGUGAGCCUUCGUCGUAUAUACAGUCGUCUUCGAGUGCCUCAGCGCCGUGGUAGAGUAGCAACUGGUCACAAAGGCGGCAACUCUGUUGAUAUCUCCUCUUCCACGUCCCUUCUGGAUCGGACUCUGAGCUGUAUAGACUCCCAAUAGCUCGGACCCGCAUUCUCCAGCCCGUUUCCGAUAGCCUGCUGCUGUACCGAGAUGAUG